AUGCACAAUACGGUGAAUGGAUUCAGAUUUGAUGAUGAGACUGUCUUACCCAGUUUUGAGCAAUCUCAUGACCAGGUUACUGGAUAUGAAGAUGAUGUUUCUUUAGACCUUAAUAUUGCAGAUAUCCCUUUCACUUCAUUUAGCCCGAGCCACGAAAAUUUCACUCCAUCUUUAAGCUGGAGCUCUGAGGUGGAAUCUCCGGACGAUCAAGAUUCUGAUCCAGUGCUAAAGUACCUAAAUCAGAUACUCAUUGAAGAGAACAUGGAUGAUAAGCCGAGCAUGUUCCAUGAUCCACUUGCUUUACAAGCUGCUGAGAAAUCCUUAUAUGAAGUCCUUGGCCAGAAGUACCCACCUUCACCGCAUCAACAAUCUGAUUACUUUAACCGCAGUUCGGAAAGCCGAGAUACCUUUUUGGGGAGUUCCAGCGAGUACACGAACAGCAGCACUAAUGGUGCUAAUUCCAUUGAUCCACAUUGGGUUGUUGAUCCAGGUGAGUUUAAUUCGUCAGUGGAACAGAGUCAGUUGCUGGAUAAUGCUACCAAAUCAACGAAAACUAGUUCACAAUGGUCAUUUGGUUCCGUUAACAGCUUCAACGAUAAUACCAAUAUCAAGUUCAAGAGAGGUAUGGAAGAAGCUAGUAAAUUCCUUCCCCCAAGUAAUCAAUUGAUUAUUGACUUGGAUAAAUACACGUUACCUCCAAAAUCAGAUGAAAUGUCUCAAAGGGUCACGGUCAAGGUAGAAAAGGAUGAGAUAGAUCACCUAACUAAUGGCUCAAGGGGAAGAAAGCAUCACCACCCAGAGGAUGGCGAUUUGGAGAAUGUGGAGAGGAGCAGCAAGCAAUCGGCAGUUUAUGUAGAGGAUGUGGAAUUAUCUGAAAUGUUUGACAGAGUUCUCCUUUGCACUGAUGUCAAAGGGGAACCUAUGCAAUGUAAUGUUGAUGCCCAAUUGCCUAGUGGAGAGGAAAAGAACUUGUUGCAGCCUGUACUUUCAAAUGGGUCGAAUGGCGGAAGAACUCGCGCUAAGAAGCAAGAGAGCAAUAGUGAAGCUGUGGACCUCAGGACUCUCUUGAUCAGCUGUGCACAAUCUAUAGCUGCUGAUGAUCGUAGAACGGCAUAUGAACAAUUGAAACAGAUUAGGCAGCACGCUUCUCCUACUGGUGAUGCAUAUCAGAGGUUGGCAUAUGUAUUUGCUUAUGGUCUUGAGGCACGCUUUUCAGGCACUGGAACCCAGAUUUAUGCAUCCCUUGCAUCCAAGAAGAUUACAGCUGUUGAGAAAUUAAAAGCUUACCAGGUUUAUCUUUCGGCCUGCCCAUUCAAGAAGAUAUCAAUUUCCUUUGCAAAUAACAUGAUUGGGGAAGCAGCAUCGGAAGCAACAACUCUGCACAUUGUAGAUUUUGGUAUUCUUUAUGGUUUCCAGUGGCCUAUUCUCAUUCAGCAGCUUUCAAGGAGAUCUGGUGGGCCACCCAAGCUGCGGAUCACCGGAAUCGAGUUUCCACAACCUGGUUUUCGUCCAACUGAAAGAGUAGAAGAGACUGGGUGCCGCUUGGCGAAAUACUGUGAACGGUUUGGUGUGCCAUUUGAGUAUCAAGCCAUAGCCACACAGAAUUGGGAGACUAUUAAAAUUGAGGACCUGAAGAUUGCACAUGGUGAGGUGCUUGCUGUGAACUGUCUGUUUCGAUUUGGCAGAUUGCUUGAUGAGACUGUUGAAGUCGACUGCCCCAGGGAUGCAGUUCUGAACUUGAUUAGGAAAAUGAAUCCAAAUGUAUUUCUGCAUGCUGUUACCAGUGGAUCAUAUAGUGCUCCAUUCUUCAUUACACGAUUCAAGGAGGCCCUCUUUCACUACUCGGCAUUGUUUGAUAUGUUUGAUGCUACCUUACCUCGUGACAAUCCACAGAGGAUGAAUUUUGAACAAGACUUUUAUGGGCGCGAGAUAAUAAAUGUUAUUGCAUGUGAGGGGGCAGGAAGGGUCGAGCAUCCCGAGACAUACAAGCAGUGGCAAAUAGCAAUUGGAUGUUACAGGGAUGGAAGGGCAGGAUUAUUUGUGGUAGCUCGUGCUGGGUUCCUGCAUAGGAAGCUGUAUUCUUUUUUGAACUCAAAAACUUUUAAGGGUUACAAAAAUAAUUCAGUAGCAAGACUAGAGAAGACACUCGUGGAGUAG